AUGGUCGCCGCUAUCAAGAGACGUGAACCAGCCACCGAUCCCCAAAAAGUCUUCCACUACACAGACCUCCAGCGCACCAAACCCACCCGCGAGAAUGACCCCUACGAAUAUCAAGCAGGCUGGGGGAACCGCCAUCAAUCAGAGGUCAUCCCCGGCACUCUCCCCGCCGGCCAAAACAACCCCCAGGACAGAGGCUUUGGUCUGUACACUGAGGGUAUCACCUACUCUGCUUUCGCAGCUCCUCGCGGCCUGAACAUGAGCACUUAUAUGUAUCGUGCGAGACCAUCAGCUGCUCAUCAGGGAUAUUCUAGUAUUGAGACAAAGUCUCAUAUUGAGAACUGCUUUUUAUCGCUGAAUCCCAAGGUCGAGCCUUUGUAUCAGCAGGCUGAGUGGUCGCCUUUUCCACUACCGAAGGAGGAUGAGAUUGUUGAUUUUACGGAUGGGUUGCAUACACUUGCUGGAAGUGGUGAUCCUAAUCUUCGUCAGGGAAUCGCUGUGUAUGUUUAUAUGAUCAAUGCUUCUAUGGUCAACAAGGCCUAUUGCAACACAGACGGCGACUUUCUCAUCACUCCUCAACUCGGAAUCAUAGAUGUCCAAACAGAAAUGGGCCGUCUCUUCGUCCAACCAGGCGAGAUAUGUGUUAUCCAGCGUGGUGUGCGCUUCCGAAUCAAUCUCCCAGAGGGUGUUCCUGUUGCUCGUGGCCAUAUCGCUGAGGUCUGGGGAUCCAUGUGGGAGCUUCCUGACCUGGGGCCCAUCGGAGGACAUGGUUUGGCCAAUCCUCGAGACUUUCUUUAUCCUGUUGCUCAUAUCGACGAGGAUCUACAUGUCCUUUUCAAGAUUGUUGUCAAGAAUAACGGAAAACAUGUUGUCAUCAGUCAGGAUCAUAGUCCAUUUGAUGUCGUUGCAUGGCAUGGGAACGCAGUUCCCUACAAGUACGACUUGACCAAGUUUGCAUCUCAGAACAGUACCAGUAUUGAUCAUACUGACCCAAGCAUCAAUACCGUCUUGACAGCAAAGUCAUUCGAUCCUCAUGUUCCUCUCGCAGAUUAUCUAUGGUUCGGUCCUCGCUGGGACGUAGCUAGCAACUCUCUGCGCGCGCCAUACUACCAUCGAAACAGCGCAACCGAAAUGUUAGCUUGCAUCUACGGGGCAGGUCUCGGCCGGUCCGAUGACUUCUUGCCUGGUGGGUGUAGUUACGAGGGCGGGCAUACUCCACAUGGUGGCUUCGGUGAGGAAUACAUCACCGAAUCUAUCUUGCAGCACAAUGAGCCACGCAGAAUCUUAGAGAAUCAAAUGACCAUCAUGGUUGAGUCGUCACGCACUUUCUUAUUCACGGAGUAUGCCCGAGAGAUCUGUGGUGUUCUCCACAAACAAGCCACCGACUAUCGAGUUUGGGAUAAUUUGCCCGAUCGUUUCUCAGCACAUCCGUUGACCAAGCAGCUUCUUGAACGUGUUGCGAAGGAUAAAGCUAACCAGAAGAAGGCGGUUGAUUACUAUCAUUCUGUUAAAUUGCUGGACGCCAAGGGUCAGCCUACGCAAGUCCUGCCUCAUGAGAUUAAUGGCCAUGCAAAGAUUAGCGCUGUUGAUGAAGCGGUUUGGAACUAG